GUACAUCAAGUCGUAAUUGGUGUUGUAAUAUAAUAUAAUAUUUAAAGUAAAAUUACAUUAACAAAAGUUAUUUAAAGCAAUUCUUAUAUAUUAAUAUUGAUACCGCAUAUAGAUGUUCGAGAUAAAAGCCAUCUGGAAAUAAAAUUACAUACUAGAAUUGCAUCGUCAUACGAAUAUGGAUCGAUAUAUCGAACGCCUACAAUCGAUAUACAUAUUAGCUUGACAAACCAAUCAAAUUUAUCGAAUUGAUACAUCGAUUAAUAUCGUAAAAUCGAAUAUAUCGAUCUUUUUGAGUUUGAAAUUGGCAGAGAGGUCAUAUGAUAACCCGUUUGCAUUAGGAUUAAUUUUAUUCGUAUGUUGUCAUCAAGUAUAAAAUUAAGAAGCGUUCGAAGAAAAUUUGUUGACUGUACUUUAAAAGAGCCUAAUGUAUUAGAAUGGGUACAGUACAUGCUUCAAGGAAAAAACAAGAACCAAGCGUAGUAACCCAUGAAGACUGUAUACCGUGCGUGGAACCGCAAGACAGAGUACCAGGAAAUCCAGGAAGUUUCGAAGAUAUACACAAGAAAGUUAAAGAUCUUUACCCGCAAAACUUUGACGGUGCGCGGCUCGUCAUCAAUAAAAUACUUAGUCACCAUUUUAACGUGACCCAUACGAUAACUCUUAGUUCCGUUACACCGUCUGGAUACAAAUUUGGUGCAAAGUAUGUCGGUACAAAAGUAGUCAGUUUAAAAGAAAGAUAUCCUGUAAUCGUGGGAGAUAUCACACCAACUGGAAAUUUGUCCGCGUCUUUUGUGCAUACCCUUGCAUGUAGAUUUAGAUUUAAAUUAUCAGCGCAAAUUGCCAAUGAAAAAUGGAAAGCGUUCAGUUCCAGCUUAGAAUAUCGGUCGAAUGAUUUUACUGUAGCGGUGACCUUAGCCAACCCAAAAUUUAAAAAGAAACAAGCAACAAUGGUAAUACACUUUUUACAAUCGAUCACAUCGAGAAUCGCGUUAGGAGCCGAAAUUGCAUGUCUUCGUGGCUCGAAAGUUCCAGGAGGUCAACAGACAGUCAUGUGUCUGGCUUUUAGACACAGUACAGGACUUGCGACAUUAUCCGGAACGAUAGGUGAAGCGGGCCUUCAUCUUUGUUAUCACCGCAAAUCUAGCUCGCAACUGGAACUCGGUGUCGAGUUAGAAACAAACACGAGAACUCAUCAGUCAAUCGCUACUAUAGUUUACCAAGUAAACGUGCCAUACGCGGAUCUUGUCUUUCGAGGUAUCGUGAAUUCUGAGACUACAGUCGGUGGCGUGUUUGAGAAGAAACUAUACCCAAUUCCUGAAUCUUCGCUGGUUAUUAGUAUACUUUUAAACCACAAGAAGCAGCAAUUUCGAGUGGGUGUUGGUCUCAAUAUUGGACAAUGAUAAU